CGGCAUUGUAUAGUUUUGACCGAACACUCCCGACAGUUGAUACCUAUUUAAAUGUAAGAAGAAGAUAAAGAAAAAUUAACAUUAAAAUUAAUAAAUUAGCAAUGUCGCUGCAAAGAGGCCGUUUUUUCCGCGUUUGAAACUUUUAAUUCUUAAGUAAGUAAGCCUCAAACAUGACAAAUUUGUCAUUUUAAUUUGUAUCCUAUCAAUUCAAUGGGGUUCAAGCACCUCAUGAAAUUGUAAAUGAUUACUUCUGUGAAGUCCCGGGACCAAUUCGUUGCCGAAACGAGCGUAAUUCCAUCAUGCCGGAAACGGGCAUCUCGAGUGAAGAUGCAGCGCAGCUGGAAAAAACCACCGACGAUUUGGAAGACAUCAACGUCUUCAUAUCGGACACCGAGUACAGCCAAUUGAAGAAGGAGUGCAAGUUCAGCAAGCUCUUCGUCCAGCCGGAAGAAAUGAGCCUGGAGGAGUUCGAUUGCAAGAUCAAGUUGCUGUACAAGUGCUGCUUGAGGGGCGUGCAUGACCUGCACGAUCUGCACCUGAGGCGGAAGAUGGGCCUGAGGGUGCUGGAUGAUUUGACCGUGCGGGCGAAGCCGGAGUUUUUCGCUGUGAAGCACAUAAUCCAUAUCAUUUGGAGCCUGAUGAGCUGCAUCCACCAUUUCCAGUUACGGCUGAAAGUGGACAAGACCGGCCUGAUAUCCUGGAUAAGGCAGAAACAAGUGCAACGGUGUUUUAAAAUAUACUACAGGUUGAUCAAAUUAAUCAAGGAGCCGUGUCACAGGAUCGCUUUGAAUUCCAUUAUAACGUUUUAUAAGGAAGGAAAAUUGUGGGAUGUAGAAUUCGGCUGUACGGAAAUGUUAAUAGGAAUAUUCAAGGAUCAAGGUCGCGCAGACGGCAUCGACGACCUAAUCUACACCAUAGAACAUUGCACCACAGUUAAUAUGAAAGAAGCCAAACAUAUGUUGCAACUUUUGAAUAACAUCUUAAGGAAACUAAAAUGGAAUAGCAUUCCUGAAAAUUUGCUCAUGAAACUACUUGAUAUGGUAGAAUGUAGCGUACUUCCUUACGAGGGGGACACCUUCAAUUACAUGCCUCUAAGAAGAAGCCUGGAAAAUUGCUUGAGAAACAUUAUCAACAACCUAAAUCGCAACGAUUUAGUUAAAUUAAUAUAUCUCGUUACUUUACGAUUGUAUUACACCGGAGAUGACGAGUCUAAAUUAAUCCAACCAUUAGGCACAAUGUGCAUACAAGCUGCUUACAAAUACAAAUUGAAAUCCAUACAAUGUCCUCUUCACGAAGGACCCUUACCUAUUACCAUCAGAUUAUUCGACGUGAAUAAUCCUGGCAUACUGCGCGUGGCCGUGAAAAUGUGGCAACAUUUGCUCGAUCGAAACAACAAUUACGUACAUUUCCAGACGCCCAAAAUAUUCUUCAGGGAAUGCAACUACAACCUGCGCAUCACCAAAUGCAGCGACCAAGACAAAACCUUCUUCAAACAAGCCAAGAAGCAAAUCUACGACCACAUCAUCAACGCCAUUUUACUAACCAGCGACCGAGCGGGCCUGGAGAACGUGUUCACUGCCAUCGCCGUGGCCCUCGUCGACAUCCCCUGCGGCUACUCGGCCUCCUGCUUCGUGUCCGUCGCCAUGAGCAUCCAGGACUACGCCGUGCGCAUAACCCAAACCAACCGGAUCCGCUCCCAUCACCUGCACGCCAUCGUCCUGUCCAUACUGACCCUGGUUUGCUACGUCCACAAGGCCCAAGUGCUCUACGACUACGUGAUCGGCGUGAUGGAGAAACGGGCCGAGUGGGCGCCCCAUUUGAACCCGCCGCUGCGCCAGCACUACGUCUAUUCGCAGCACCACGUCCUCUGGAACAAGCCGAACUUUUUCUUCGAGGACUGGGAGGCCAGGUUCGGCUUGUGGAAGUGCUUUAAGGGCUUAAAGAAGGGUGCCUAAUGGCUAAGUCAAAAUAUUUAAAUAAAUCUAUAGUAGAGUAAUAGAUCAUUUCGAAAGUCUUAUUGGAAAUGAAAAUUAGCCGAACAAGACUCUUUUGAUUGCAAUUCAAUGGUUUUCUAAGGCGCUUUAAACGUAUAAUAGGCAUUGGUACAUAAGAUAUGAUAAAAGUAUAAGUUUAUUAUGCAUUUCAAAAUUUAUUACAUAGCUCAAAAUACUCAAAUUAGG